AUGAACGAUAUCCUCAUGGGAUUUGUGGAAUGUUUGCAUCUUCUCCUUCAAGUCAAUUUUACUUCCAUCAUCCUGCUCACUUAUUACGUUAGCCGCCUUCUCAAUCGCCGUCGUGGCCGCAGCCCUGAUCUGUUCCUGAGCUUGUUGGUUGAAAUUGUCAACGGCGGUGGGAAGUUCGCUUACUGCAGCGGCAAGAUCUUUUGUGACUUCGGUCGUAAAUGUCCCUUCAAUCUUUGUAUUAACCAUAUCCCUCACUUCCUUCAACCUGCUGUCCACGGCUUGGGCGGGGCUUUCAGUGGAGGUGCCGGCGGGGUCGGGUUUGGGAGGGCUAGUCGCCUGGGUAAGCUUACUGUCAAGGUCAUCGGUUAUUUCCUUUGUUUUGUCCAAAAAUUUUGCAACGCUGCCAUCAGUGGGUUGUCCGCUCCUGUCGACGUUGAGCAGUAG